AUGGGUCUCAUGAUGUUGAAAAUAGGCUUCUCCUUCCUCCUCCUUGUUUCCGUCCAUGUCGACCAUGCGAUGAGCUGCACCCAUGACCAAAUCGACCAUCGCUGCUCCACAACUGGCAAUUACACAGUUGGGAGCGUGUAUGAGCUGAACAUGGAGUCCGUCUUCUCCACCUUGACAAAAAAUGCUCCUCCCUUUGGUUUUUCCAACGUCACAGUGGGCCAAGGAUCGGAGACAGUUUAUGGCCUGGUUCAGUGCAGGGGCGAUGUUGAUCAGCAGGACUGCAAGGCGUGCAUCUUCAAUUCCAUCAUACAAAUUGUUGAAUACUACCCCAACACAAUGGAUGCCAUCAUAUGGUAUCAAAAAUGUCAGCUGUGCUACUCCAACACUGAUUUCUUUGUUCAGCUAAACAUGGAUGAUUUUGGUUGUUGGCAUUGGACAAGUGGUAAAGUAAUGGACAGUAAAGAGUUCAACGAGAAGUUGGGCCAUCUGCUGAAGGAUCUAACUUCUCUAGCAACAUCACCAACAGAGCCAGCUUCAAAGUUAAUGUUUGCCACGGGCAACAUUCCGUACACCGAUCUGUAG